AAUCACCAUGGUUAAAACCAUUACAAUUAAAACCAUUACAAAACGUUUGCAUCAUGUAUAUCUGUUUCUAAAUUGAUGUACAUAUGGUUUAGGUAUAUUGUUUGAAUGUCUCUUCAAUUAAUUUUCUUAUAAAAGGAGCACAAUUACUCUCAUUUGUAUUUAAAUUCUGGUACUGUGAAUUUAGUUUUACUUAAAGAACGAUUUAACCAAGUCUACAUUAGCAAGAUGGACACUGCAAUACUUCUCUAUAGUAUCGUCGGUAUAGUUGGGUGUUCAACAAACGGCUUCGCAAUAUUUAUUCUAUUUCAGUUGCAGAAUCGAUUCAGUGCAACAAAUCUUUUAAUAUCAAAUCAGUGUAUCAUUGACCUUUUGAUAUCUUUAAUGUCGCUUUGCCUAUUUCUUGAUUCCGACAUAACGAUUCGCCUCCCAGAUUCAACUGCUGCAGCAGAAUUUGUCUGUAAAGUUUGGUCAAGCAAGUACAUAUUCUGGUCAAGCAUAUAUACCUCAACGACUAAUCUUGUGGUACUUACAUUUGAUCGCUACUUCGCCGUAAUGCAUCCACUAAAAUACAAUAUGCUCAAGGAAAAGUUGAAAAUGAAAGUAUUGCUUUUGCUGAUUCCCUGGAUAUGUGGUUAUGGAUUCGUUCUCCUCUGGUUAGCGGCACACACUGUUAAAGAUAAAGAGUGUAUCCAGAGUUGGCCAAGUGCUGAGUAUCAGAAGGUGUUUGGUUUACUAAAUGGUCUUUACAUUCUUAUUAUUCCCUUCGGUGUAAUGAUGUUUGUUUACCUCAACAUUUUUCGCGCUCUCCGAAAUCGUGUUGGCGAUGUUUCUUCAACAGUGACUUCUGCGAACAGUGCGGCCAGAAGACUGAACAUCAUUAAGACAAUGGUUAUAGUUAGUGUGACGUAUUUUAUCUGCUGGACACCAAAUCAGAUAUUUUUUAUCAACUUUACGUUAGGUGGAGAGUUUGAUUUCAAUGGAGCAGUUUACUACAUUACCGUAGCAUUGUCACUGUGUAACAUCUGUAUAAAUCCUAUAAUAUACACUUUCAAAUAUAAUGAUUUUAGAGUGGGUAUGCGAAAAACUCUGCCAUGUCUUAAGUCGUCACAAGAACCUAUUUUGCCAACAUGAACCCGUGUCAACUAGCGCCAGUAAUUCUUAGAGUUUUACAGUAAGCCAAUACUGUAGUUUGAACUGCACAUGCCGUAUCAAGGUCAGUCGAUAUAAACAAACAUACACACAACGUAGAUUUCACAAUGUCGAUUGACCUGGAACACGGGCAUGCUGAUUCGUCCCGGUAGCUUCCCAGCUGACAAUUGUAUGUUAUAAUUACGUUGCAGUUUGGUGCUUUAAACGUUUUUUGUAGAACAUAAAUACGUAUUUAAAAAGUAUUUUCCAAUUAAUAACGUUGCUAACAUUGCUGAAAAUUUGUGGUAACGUUAUUUCCGACAUACGGUAGCCUAACCAGAACUUUAAAACAAAUUAAAAGCUAUAAUAAAGUUGUGGAAUGAUGUGAACAUGUAGCUACUAUAAGCGCCUCUUUAUGUCGGCUUGGUAGUCACUGACCACGCCCAUAAUGCAAUCCAGCAUAAUGAAGCUGGGAGUUUGAACUCUUUAAUGAAUUAGCAAAAAUGUCACUGUUCUAAUGCGUAAUAUUGAUAUAAUUGUGUAGAAUAUUGUAUGUGAGUAUAAUAUAAUGUACCGGUACUAAACUUCUUCAUUUAAGGUGCAAACAUCAUUGUGUUGUUGUGUCCAUCUUAGUCCUUAAUGUUG